UCGAGAAGCUUCGCCGUCGUCCACGUCGGAGUCGUCGUCGUCGGUCGGCAAUGUGGAGGUGAAGUCCAAUGUUAGGGCUUCGUCGUUGAUUCAGAUGUGGAGGGAGAUGGAGUCUGAGAGUGGGGCCCCCGCGUUGACGACGAGGGUCGGGGAUGAGAAGAGGAUGUUAAGGAGUUUUUCGGAGAAAGCGGGAAUGAUUAGGGUUAGGUGCAGGAGAGAGAUGGAGGAUUUGGUGGAGAGGAUGAAAAAAGAGAGGAAGGAGGAGGUUGGUGAGAUUAAGGAGAUGAGGAGGGUUUCAAAGUUCUCGCAUCGAGGGAGAAUUCAGUCAAUGCUCAAGCUCAGGUUCCUCAGAAAAGAUUUACCAUUCCAGAAUCACACACGACAAGUUUCAAAAAAGAAGGCACCAGAACAGCCAAAAAAUGGAGCUACUAUCUCGUUUCUGAGGGAGAGAUUUGAUAACCGAAGCCAAAAUGACCGCAUGGUCCCAGUCGUAAAGAGAUCUGGAACGGUUGAUAUUGAAUAUCCCAUUGAUUCUCAGGAUUCAUGUUCUACUCUUUCUGCUGAUCAAUUCAGUGUUGACAUCAGCCAAACCCAAGAAGUAAUUUCCAUUGGAGAUCCAGAAAGUCUACCUCCUGAAUCCACCUCACCGCAGUCUAGAAUAGAAGAGCUACAUUCUGGAAGCCAGACUACUGAACUCAGUAAAGUGCUCUCUAUAACCGAGGAACUAACUGGAGCUCGAUGUCAUGACUUUGCUUCAAUUGAUUGUACAAGUAAAGACCUCAAUGAGAGAAGCCAGACUCCCGAACUUGAGUCAUUAUAUUCUAGAAGUGAAUACCUACUUGAAGGAUCCCAGAGUCCUGAAAUCGGUCUGAUACAUUUCACAAGUGAAGAUUUAGAUAUUGGAAGCCGGUUCCCUGAGGCUUGGGUGAGUAAUCUCGAUUGGCAAAGACCUAUUGAAUCUCCAAAUGUGCACGACUGGCAAAGUGAACGUGAGGUUGUAACUGAGGAACAUGAAUCUUUCAGUCAGCGAGGUAUUGUAAGUACUGGUCAUAUAUGGAUGGGUAACUCUUCUUCAUUGUGGAGAGGCUGGGAGAUCAAUGACCGAGAAUGUCAUGAUCACCCUGAGACCGUUCCUGACAACAAGGAAAUUCUUGAACUUCUAAGGAGGAGGAGGGUUACAACUACACUUUCCAGUGACUUUUGUGAUAAGAUGAACAGAGUGGUCAUGAUGCUUUUACAAAGACAAGGAGCACAAUAUGCUGAUGAGAAUUUCUCUGAAGAGAAUGUAGAUCAAUCUACCUGGAGAAUUAAUUAUGAGUUCAACAAUGCUGAUCAAGCUGCAUCAGAUGCUUCUUUGGUACCUUCAUCGUACCAAACCGGGCACUACCCAGACAGUUGGCAACAUAACUUAUACACUCACACAUUGCAAGAGUCAGAAAGCGUGCAUGAUUUGAAGAAUGAAAUCUCACAAAUGCAUCAAGAAAUUACUGACCUAAAGAAGUUGCUAGCAAGCUGCAUGGAGUGGCAGACAAAAUUACAGGAUUAUGUCAAGGAUGAGGUUUCUUCUGCAAUUCAUCAAUCAGUUUUGUUCGCAAAAACAUCAGAUAGUUCUGAGAGAACACCAAGUUGGAAAGGCAGUUGCUGUAUUUGCCAUGAAAUGCAGAUUGAUUCUUUAAUUUACAGGUGUGGGCAUAUGUGCACUUGUUUUAAUUGUGCCAAUGUGUUGAAGUCAAGCAGUGGUGCAUGUCCAAUUUGUCACUCAUCUAUUGUUGAUGUUGUUCGGGCAUAUCCUAAUACUUGAUGACUUGAUUCUGAUAUGGGACCAGAUUGUUUUUUCCUAACAUUAGAGAGAAGAGUAUCAAGAAGCCUCAACUCUAGCUUCAUAGAGCUCGGCACUCACUAACUAUACCACGGCUGGAUCCAGGUUAUAGCACUUGUUUACCAAACAAGGUUUGUGUAACCUUGUUGACGCAGUGCUUGUGUUUACUUGUAAUCUUUUUAGUUGUUGUCCGCGAAGAGAAUAGUUUCUCUUCUGCAGUGAUCAUUAACAUCAGUGACACGCCAAGAUAAUUUUCUCGAGGAAA